AUGUCAGUCCUCACGUCUCCAAGAGGCAAGGUAGAAGUGGUUCAUUGCCGCAGAACAGAGUCGCAGGAUAUCCACUGUAUCAAGAGCCUCAUCAGGAAAUUCACCCAGAAGCUCUUUGGGAAGUUUAAUAUCAUCUAUCUCCUAGAAAAGGCAAACCUUGCCAUUACGCUGCACAACGACAAGGAGGAGAUCAUGGCCCAGGCCACCUUCCUGGACUAUCCCAACUGGAAUGUGGCCAAGCAGGAUGACUGGGUGUCCGUGUUCCGGGAGCUCGACAGUGAAAUCCCAUGCACACCUCUGAAUACGUUGUUCAUGCACCUGUUUGUGGCCGUGGAUGAGUAUUCCAUUGACUGUUGCAAAGAGAUUAUUCGGACUGUGUUUAAGGCAGUGCCGGAACUGCACUUCAUAUUUCUCAUAGUGCCAUACUACAUGAGCCUAGGCUCGACUCUCAGCACUGUUUUUGACCAAGUAGGAAAUGUCCCAUGCCUGACCUACAGGGAGGACUUUGCAGUGCACAUUUGUCACAGGCACAACCACUACCCUCAGCUGCACAUUCGCAAAGCAAGGGUGGAAGACCAUGACAACCUCAUGCCAAUCUUCCUGCGCCAUGACACCAUUCUACAGGAGACGUACGGCGAGUACUUCCUGGCUGAACUCAUAGAGGCCCAGGAUGAAGAAAACCACGCCGUCGUGUGUGAGGUGGAAGGUGAAGCUGUUGGGUUCAUGAGCGUGUGUUCAAGAGUGAACAUGCUGCUGUUGCAUGAAUGCUUUGACUUAAGGCCUUUCCACGGACUCUGCAUGCCACAUCCCGACGACGUUCUGGAUCUACCCCAGGAUCUAGAUUCCUGCAGAGGUUCUCAGGAUGCUGAGUUCAGCAGUAACAGCCAGGAUUCCCAGAAAAUAGUGGAGGAGCCCCAGGAACCUUUUUCUCCAGAGCCCAAGGAGAGCAUCCAGGGAAAAGUCGCAGAAGCCACAUCUGGGGAACGUCUACCAGCAAUCCAUGGUGGAAAUAGUAGUGAAAUGGAGGACCUGGAAAACGUCAGUCAAUUAUCCACUAUGGAUGAGCAAACCCAGUACAUGGUCAGUAGGAGCUCGGCAUCCAGCUUGCUCCACGAGGAGCUCAGCUACUUCCGGCCCAUCUACAGGGGCGCCCCUGCUGCCUUCUGUAUCCAGUUGUUUUGUAUCGAUGAGAAACACGCAGCAAGGUCACUGGAUUUUAUGAAUUUCGUUUUCAGCCUUUUUCCUGACAAGAACUUCUGCAUCAUUUCUCUGCCCCAUCUCACCCCCGAGUUUAACCUCAUCCAGAACUUCGUGAAGAUUGUGCCCUUCAACAACUGCACCCUCCAGCAGGACCUCUAUGUCUUCAGUCGGGCUGGACUGCUCAAGUCCAUUGACAUAAGGUUAGCCACUCUCAGGGAUACUCCUGGCAUUGAAAAUCUUGUCAGCACCCUCCUGCUGAGUAAGAGCCUAUUGGAAGAUUUAGACCAAUACAAUGAGGCUUGCAGAGACCCAGACGGAACUCCGCUCCAGGUAUUUGUAGCCGAAGUUGCAGAAGAAAUAGUUGGCAUUGCCGUGAUCAGAAACGAAAUGGAUAUAGAGUACAUCCGGUCCCACUACAACAUCGAGGACUUCAUCUACUUCAGCCACCACCAGCGGGAGGAGCACGGGCACUUGUACCACUUCGCCCUGAACCCCAUCUUCCGGCACUACACCAAGUUUUUUCUGAAAGAGAUCCUCCGUUUAGGCUACAAGUCCUGCCUCUACUACCCAAUUUAUCCACAGUGCCGGGAAGGCAAGUUCCAGAGACCCUACGCCCACUCGCUGACAUCUGCCCUCCACUACUUCGUGCCCGUGCGCCCACGACGACAGAUUGUGUACCCGCUGGAAAAGCUUGGCACCAACGCCCCGUCCAAGGCGGUCUCCAAGGAGCCGUUGAGUUAUGCCUUGAACCACACAAACAGAAAACUAACACUGGAACCUAAAAUAACUGUCAAUGCCAGGAUCGUUGUGGUUGGUGCCUCCAACGUGGGAAUUUCCUUCCUAGAGACGUUGGUAUUUUGCUCGCACCUGAAGUUUAACAGUCUCACCCUGAUUUCAACUCAUGGACUUCCUGGGAAAAAACUUCUGGGCCAUGAACAAAGGAAAUUCCUAGCAAGCGACUACUGUUUUAAUGAUAAAGAUUAUGCCUUGAUGUCGCUGUGCUCCUGGGUUAACGUGGUGGUGGGGAGAAUGACCGCUAUAGACCGGGUGGCCAAGCACGUGGUGGUGUCCCACGAAGACAUCGUGUACUACGACCACCUCGUCCUCUGUACCGGGCAGCAGUACCAGGUCCCGUGCCCGACAGGGGCCGACAUCAGUCAGCACUUGACAAACAGAGAGGUCCCAAACUUCAGCAAGCUGCGCUACACUGGGAAAGUGCCGUGCAACCUGUUCACGCUCAACGACGAGGAAGACUGCUUCAAGGCCUUGGCUUGGAUAAGGAACAACGCCAUCACCGCAGAAGGGAACGUCAUUGUCUAUGGAAACACAAUUGACACCUACACCACCGUGGAAACACUGCUACACCUGGGCGUGAAGGGCUCCUGCAUCCACCUCGUGCAGCCCCCCACCGCCUCCACCAUCACCUGCCUCAACAACUACUCGGUGGAAAGCGCAGUGGACGGGGCGCUCAGGGCAGCCGGCGUGACCGUGCACCAGGACGCCAUCCUGGCGCAGUGGAACGAGGGCCGUUACCCGGACCCCAUCUGCAGCGCCUCCUUCACCACGCAGACCAAGCCUUUCAGACUUCCAUGCUCUAUGUUCUUCAGCUUCUGUGAGAAGAACGUGGAUUACGAAACAUUUAAAGCCCUCAACGAUGCCUGUCUGGUCUAUGAUGGCCGACUGGUGAUUGACACCAACUUCCACACCAACGACAUAGCCAUCAGAGCCGCUGGCUCCCUCACCAAAUUCUCCAACAGAUAUUACUCCAACGAGUGGACUCACAGUAACUUCAGCUCCAAAGAAAUUGGCUUUCAGCUGGCAGCGGCCAUGCUCAAUCUCUUCGAUCCAACCCUUGAGCCCGUGACGGAACCACCUGCGGAUCUGGACCGACUCAUCCCCAUGUACAAAGGGGCCAAGAUCAAAGGAGGCAUUCUUCCUGGCUCUUACCACUACCUGCACGUUGCCAAGCCUGGCAUCCCAACUCCCCUGGAGGUCCAUAUGGCAAAGUCUGAUUUCGGUUUGGAAAUAGUCACCGGUAUGGUGGAAAACGGAACAUACUUCCGGAUUCAUAUUAACAAGUACAGAAUGGUGGAGAGCAUCACGUGCCUUUCGAAGGAGCCUUUCCCCGCCUCCAACUACAUCCGCCUGUUUGGCCAGCACGAGCAAGUCCUCAACAACCUGUGUGUUCGCUACGAGAAUGAAAAGAUCACAGAUCUCUACAGCUACUUCACGGAGCCGUGGUGCUUGGCCCUCUUCCACGAUCGGUUUAUCGAUCUCAGAAAGGAGCUACGCCUGAUCUUAGCCUCCAAGAAGGAGGAGCAACUUCCCUCCUUGGUAGAGCUGGCCCGGCAGAUAGAAGAUGAGGAGAUUGAGCUGAGUGAAAAGCCCAAGAAAUACCUACAGAGGGUCUUUGAGGACACCAUCUACAAGCCCCUGGUGGAGAGGAGCAUCCUGGACUACUUGCACUACAACCAUUACCACCUGCCCAUGUACGCGUGGCCGGGCAUCGUGUAG